AUGGAACGCGGAAAAUUCGAGGAGAGGCUUAUUAUCGACGAAGACAUUGACACAUCGAUGAUUCUGUGGCGCUUCUCAUUGCACCGAGUUCCUACUCCGUACAUGCGUACCGUUUUACCCCGGGUUUCUCAUCGCUUCCCCGGAUCACACGGGCAGAUCAUCGAUGCGGCCAAGAAGCCGACUUCCGAGAAGGCUGACCUCGUAGGGGGCGGGUGA